GUCCCAUAAAGGCGCCAGUCGCAGGCUGCUGACAGCCGCCAUCCGGGCUAGAGCUGGCGGCCACCGGUGGAGAACCGGGAGCGACGGCUCUGUGCUGCUUCAUCUAGUAUAAACUGAAAGGGUGUUUGGAUACCGUCCUUUCUUAAGAGGAAUUUGUAGACUUUUCCUGCUAAGACCUCAAUUUGUAUUUUUGAAGAACAGAAAGAAAUUCUGUGACGUGUUUAAAUAAUUUAAACCAUCUAAGACCAAGACAUACAUAAUGAAGCAAUGCAUACUAUUUGUAUAAAAAAGGACACGUCCUCAUAGACAACUUUAAAAUACCAGGAUCUGAAGUGGUUGAGAAUGUCUCUGCCAAGUCGACAAGCAGCUAUUGUCAACCCCCCUCCACCAGAGUACAUAAACACUAAGAAGAGUGGGCGGUUGACGAAUCAGCUGCAGUUCUUACAGAGGGUUGUGCUGAAGGCUUUGUGGAAGCACAGCUUCUCCUGGCCUUUUCAACAGCCCGUGGACGCUGUGAAACUAAAGCUGCCUGACUAUUACACUAUCAUAAAAACCCCAAUGGACUUAAGUACAAUUAAGAAGCGGUUGGAAAAUAAGUAUUAUGAGAAGGCUUCCGAAUGCAUAGAAGACUUCAACACAAUGUUCUCAAACUGCUACUUAUACAACAAGACUGGAGAUGACAUUGUUGUUAUGGCCCAAGCUCUAGAGAAGUUAUUUAUGCAGAAAUUAUCUCAGAUGCCACAAGAAGAGCAAGUUGUGGGUGGUAAGGAGAGAAUAAAGAAAGAUAUUCAACAAAAGAUAGCGGUUUCCUCUGCUAAGGAACAAAUUCCCUCCACAGCGGCAGAGAAUGUCUUUAAGCGGCAAGAGAUUCCCUCUGGGCUUCCUGACAUCUCUCUCUCUCCCUUAAACAUGGCACAAGAAGCUCCCCCGACCUGUGACUCACAGUCUCUGGUCCAAAUUACAAAGGGUGUGAAGAGACGAGCAGACACAACAACUCCUACCACUUCCAUAGCUAAAGCAAGUAGCGAAUCUCCUCAGGCACUUAUAGAAACAAAGCCAGUGAACAUGCCAGUAAAGGAAAAUACAGUAAAGAACAUUUUGCCAGACUCUCAGCAGCAACACAGAGUUUUCAAAACAGUCAAAGUAACGGAGCAGUUAACGCACUGCAGCGAGAUUCUUAAAGAAAUGCUUGCCAAGAAGCAUUUGUCGUAUGCAUGGCCCUUCUACAAUCCUGUGGAUGCUGAUGCUUUGGGACUCCACAACUACUAUGACAUUGUCAAAAAUCCCAUGGAUCUUGGAACGAUCAAGGGGAAAAUGGACAAUCAAGAAUAUAAGGAUGCAUAUGAAUUUGCUGCAGAUGUCAGAUUGAUGUUCAUGAACUGUUACAAGUAUAAUCCUCCCGAUCAUGAAGUUGUGGCGAUGGCUAGGACCCUUCAGGAUGUUUUUGAACUGCAUUUUGCCAAGAUUCCCGAUGAGCCUGUUGAGAGUAUGCAUCCGUGUCACCUUACAACAAACAGUGCACAAGCCCUCAGCGGAGAGAGCAGCAGCGAGGCCUCCUCGGGCGACGCCUCUUCUGAAGACUCUGAGGAUGAACGAGUGCAGCAUCUUGCCAAGCUUCAGGAGCAGCUUAAUGCUGUUCAUCAGCAGCUGCAAGUUCUGUCCCAAGUUCCAUUACGUAAGCUGAAGAAAAAGAACGAGAAGUCUAAAAGGGCGCCAAAAAGGAAAAAGGUUAAUAACAGAGAUGAAAACCCAAAGAAAAAACCUAAGCAAAUGAAACAAAAGGAGAAGGCCAAAAGCAAUCAACCAAAGAAGAAGAAGCCACUUUUGAAAUCGGAAGAGGAAGACAAUGCGAAGCCUAUGAACUACGACGAGAAAAGGCAGCUGAGCUUGGACAUAAACAAACUGCCUGGAGACAAGCUUGGUCGAAUAGUUCAUAUAAUACAGUCAAGGGAGCCUUCCCUGAAAAACUCCAACCCAGACGAGAUCGAGAUCGACUUUGAGACCCUGAAGGCAUCCACACUUAGAGAACUGGAGAAGUACGUCCUGGCCUGUCUGAGGAGAAGGUCGCUGAAGCCCCACGCAAAGAAGGUUGUCAGGUCUAAGGAGGAGCUCCAUUCUGAAAAAAAGCUGGAGCUGGAGAGGCGGUUGCUAGACGUCAACAAUCAGCUGAAUUGUAGGAAACGGCAAACGAAACGUCCAGCGAAAGUGGAGAACCCGCCCCCGCCCCCGCCCCCUCCGCCGCCCCCGGAGCUGGCCAGUGGGUCCCGCCUGAGCGACAGCAGCAGCGGCAGUGGCAGCAGCAGCAGCAGUAGCAGCAGCAGUAGCAGCAGCAGCAGCUCCUCGGAGUCCGCGAGCAGCAGCAGCGACUCGAGCUCCUCCGACAGCAGCGAUUCUGAACCAGAAAUAUUUCCUAAAAUUACUGGAGUAAAACAGAAUGAUUUGCCUCCAAAAGAAAAUAUAAAGCAGAUCCAGUCUUCUGUGCAAGACCUAACCUCGGCUGAAGCUGCCCUUGCUCAGCAGAGCACGGCGCCCUGCGGAGCUCCAGGGAGGCGCUCCCAGCAGAUGCUUGGUUGCCAAGUGUCACAGCAUCUGCAGGCCACGGAGAGCACUGCAGCUGUGCAGACUCAGCCUCUUUCAGGUGAUUGCAAGCGAGUAUUGCAUGACCCUCCUGUGGUACACACCUCUGCUGAGAGCCUCACAGUGCUGGAGCCAGAAUGUCAUGCUCCUGUGCAGAAGGAUAUAAAGAUUAAAAAUGCAGACUCUUGGAAAAGUUUAGGGAAGCCAGUGAAAGCAUCAAGUGUUCUGAAAUCUUCAGAUGAGCUUUUCAACCAGUUUAGAAAAGCUGCAAUAGAAAAGGAAGUAAAGGCCCGGACACAGGAGCAGAUGCGGAAACACCUGGAGCACAAUGUGAAGGACCCAAAAGUAUCUCAAGAAAAUCAGAGGGAGCCUGGAAGUGGAUUGACUCUAGAAUCUUUAUCAAAUAAAGUGCAAGAUAAGUCUCCUGAAGAAGAGCCGAGUGACCAGCAGCCACCAUCAGAAGCUCAAGACAUAAGCAAGCUCUGGCUUCUCAAAGACCGGAAUUUAGCGAGGGAGAAAGAGCAAGAGCGCAGGAGAAGAGAAGCAAUGGCGGGCACCAUUGAUAUGACUCUUCAAAGUGACAUUAUGACAAUGUUUGAAAAUAACUUUGAUUAAAACUCAGUUUGUAAAUUAACCCUCAACUUUAAAUGAAAGGUAAAAAUGUUUACAGUGCGUGUGGUAAAGUGAUUACUUUCAACAACAGAAUGUCAAUCACAAAUUGUGUUCUGACUGCCCUAAAACAAUUACAUAUUUUUCAUUUACAUUUUUAAUAAAUAUGUUCUUUUAAUGACAUAAUUUAUAAAACGUUUUAUAAUUUUGACCUCUGAAAGUAAAUAGAUUUUAUUCAUCCUAAAAAGGGCUGUCAGUGAUGUAAUAUAGUCCUGAUCUAAGUAAGUCUAAAAGGGAUCAUCAGAUUGAAAAAGAAUGAAGAAUAUGUAAAAGUACAUAAAACAGGUUUUGUUGAAUUUUUAACUUUUGUUCUUUGUCUAAGCCUGUUUGUUGGUUGGUUGGUUUGUGUCCUUGUUUGAGACAGGGUCUCAUCUACUCAGGCUGGCUUUGGUGAAUUCAACAUGUAGCCAAGGCUGGCCUUGAUCUCCUGAUUCUCCUGCCCUCAGCUCUCAAGUACUGGACUCCAGAAGUGUGUCAUCAUGCCUGGCUGAGCUGUUAACUUUUCAAAGAGAUAUGUGUCUGCUGUCAGAAUUGUAACAACUUCUAACAAGAAUUCUUGGUUUCCAUGUGAGUCACAGUGUGUCAGAUUCUCUGCUAGUUCCACAUUUAAAUUUCAUACUGCCUUUUGUUUUAAAGUAAUAUUAGCUAUGAUUUGAAAGGUGUUAAAUUUUAAACAAAUAGUAAAUAUUGUGUAUACAAGGUUCUGUAGGAAUGUGUCAGACAUUUCUUAAAAUGUGUAGGUGAUAGCAAUGAAUAUUUGCCUAACUAGGGGAAAUUACAGCCUAUGAAACAUUGAUGUUUUGUCAUUUUUCAAACUGCAUUCAUGUCUAAACCAUAUGUAUUCUUUUUUAAAAUUUUAAACCUUUGACCAUUUGAAAUAUAACCUGAUUAAGGCAAUGCUGUGAUAUUAUCUAAAGUACAAACUCAAAGUGUGUCCAGACAGGGCAGUGUACACCUGCUGUCCAGACAGGGCAGUGCACACCUGCUGUUCAGAGUUGUGCACACCUGCUGUCUAGACAGAGUUGUGUACACCUGCUGUUCAGACAGGGCAGUGCACACCUGUUGUAAUUCCAGUAUUUGGGGGGCAGAGGAAGAGAAGGAGACACUGCUGAUAACUCAAGACCAGCCUGGUUCACAUAGCAAUCUUCAGAUUCUGGUCAUAGCCAGACCUCCUUGACUGAGAAGAACCAAGAAAGAGAGAAAGAGAAUAAGAAGAUGGUAUUGCUUUCAGGAAACAGCCAGAA